UGAGGGGACCCUCCAUUUUUAACUUCCUUCAGUUUCAACCACAACCGCAAUUUUCCAUCCAGUCUCAGUUCUCCACAUUCUCAAAUCCUACUUCCAGCAUAAAGUUCCCAACUUCAAUGCCAGGAACCAUCCAAGUUUCAGUGCUGGAAAUCAUGGCAUUUCAAUCUUCUUCAUCAUCUCUUUCACAAAUGUCCAUAAAGGUUUCCAUGGGAAAGAAGGAGUACCAAACUAAAGACAAAGGAGACUUCUCUUUUCCAUUAAAUAAUGUUCGUGACAAACUGAUUGUUACACUUGAGGAUGCUGAAGGAAAAGAAGUAUCGCACACGGUUAUUGAGACUAGGUUAGUGAUGGAGAAAGGAAAUUGGAAUGACAUAUUUCACUUAGAAGGAGGCGGGCGUGUGCGCAUGAACUUGCAGUUUGUCCUCACCGAAGAAGAUCGCCAUCGUAUCCGGGUCUUGAGAGAAUCAGCAUUGAGAAAGAAACACGGUGAACUUCUGAAAAGUGAAGGUGUUAAUGUUGCAACAUCUUUUCAGCCCAACCAUGAGAUAUCAGAUUCACAAAAGAGCCUUGUUGAAAGUGAAAAAAUUCAAGCUGGUCUGAGAUCAUCUACUCCCUCCAGUACUGUUUUCAAGAAUGAAAUUUCUGAACCUCAAGACAAAGACACAACUCAUUCUAUUGAGGAGCAGAAAAAGCCAAAUAUUACAGAUAAAUUGGAAGACACCUCCUCUAGUACUCCCAUGUCGCGUAGAUUCGAUGUCCAUCUAGAUAGAGGACGCCAUUCCGGGUCGAUUCAGAAUAGUCCGAUGCAAAUCCCUGCACAACGCAAAGAAGAUGGAACCGAUGAGCUAAAGAAACAGAGUCCAAUUGAGAGAACUCCUAGCAAGAUAAAAAAUAUGAUAAGCGUCUUUGAGAGUAGUCUAACUCAGGAUACACAACAUAAAAAGAGAGCACCAUCCAUGAAACCUCAUUCACGCAAAACUAUAGAAGCUGUUUCUACUAGUUCAAUCGCACAUCUAGAGGAUGUCAAGGUAGUGAAUGUUGAACGAAUACAGGUUCCAGACAGAGUCGAGAAAGCUAUUUAUACAAGUGAGUCGCAACAAGCCCCAUCAAAGAUCAGAAAACUAGAAACGGUUUCUUCUAGUUCAAGCGCACACCUAGAUGAUGUCAACGUAGAGAACGUUGACCGAGCACAGGUUCCCGAGAGAAUUGAGAAAGCUAUUCAUACAAGUGAGUCGCAAAAAGCCCCGUCAAAGAUCAGAAAACUAGUAACGGAAAUUGGUAUUCAAAAUAAAGGAACAACAACAGAUUUCAACACUAAAGGGAAGGUAAUGCAUAAUGAUAAGGUAGAGGAAGAGAAAACAUCUUCCGUCUCCGGAAGAAUGCUCAAUGAGAAAGGUAAAAGCCCACCAAGUAAUGUGACCGGCAAGAGAAAACUUUCUAGUGACAAAUUGCUUAAACAAAAGAGUUGGAAGGAAAUUCAUCCAAUAGAAUUACAACACAUAAAUAAUCGAGAUCAAGAACCUUCAGCAGAGAAGCCUUAUUCAUCAGAAUCCAAUGGUGCCUGGAUAUUCCCUGAUGAAGGAACAAGGUUGUGUAUCACAGCUGGUGGAAAACAAAUAAUGGAUCUAAUGGGCGGUUUCAUCUCAGAAACAAAGAACCAAAUUGAAAAGUUCAGUUCUCCAGCUUCAGAAACUGCAGAACAGGUAAAAGAAGAGGCCGAGACUUCUCAAAGAUACCAAGAUACAAAAACUGAGGACUCAGCAGAUGCUGAAACUCAAAGAGGACCAGUAGAAAAGGUGAUGAGAGUUGUCAUCAUGGUUGGUUUUGCAGCACUAGUUCUCUUCACCGGACAAAGAAAACCAAGGUAACCAUGCUUCUUAUCUAUCAUAAUUUUAACCAACAAAUCAUUUCUUGAGUUCAGAUGAGCAAAGCCAAGGGACUACUUAUACCUACUGAUUUUGUUGUAGACAUUCACAUUCUUCUGUAACUAUGAUACAUGUAUAUGUAAAUAAGCAAAAACAAAAAACACUUACAAAAGCAGGUUAGCUUCUAUUUGACUUAAUUUUUAGGAGAAUUGAAACUGUGUAAUGUUAUCAUUCUCAAAUAAAAAAUCAUAUUAUUUUUCCGCUUCAAA